AUGGGCUUCAAGAAAGUACCUGAUAGGGGAUCGGAUGAGGAGUUUCCCAAUGUUCGGGAGGCCUCCUGGUCUAGUGGGGCCAAGAAACGAAAGAGAGGGCGGCCGAGGAUCCACAAACUUCCUGUAGAAUCAUCAUCAACAAACCUCCCUCAAACAACAACUUACUCUUUCCAAAACCAUGAACACAACAUUCUGGAAGAAGAAAUACCUCAUUAUCCGGGAGAUCUAACUGAUCAGCAGGUACUUGAUAACCUGAGACAGCUAGAUGACAAUAGAACGGGAGGAAAGUCUCAAAAUGAUUACCUGAGGGAAUGGCUCCCGAAACGAGAGGUGUAUCUUGGAACAAUGAUUGGAGGAGAAGCCCCGGAUCCGGAUCUGAAUGGACAGUGUCAGCAAUGUCAAGGAAUGUCUGGAGUAAACCAUCAAUUUACACCUUUCCACCGCGUUGAGAAGUGGACGGGUCUAUAUUUCCAUCCGGGAGCUCUGUGGGAAGUGGGUGUCAAGUUGUAUUUGGGUCAUAAUGGGAAACGUUGUCCUUAUCCCACGGAUCCGAGCCACCUAGGAUGGGACGGCGGAAACAAUUCAUCCGGGAGUCAUGGGCACGGCGGAAACAAUUCGCCCGUCUUUGAAGAUGAACACGGAUUGGACCUGGAUCCGCUUCCUGCGAGCAAUGACCAAGAAUCCUUUACGGCUCAGCUUCUGGCGGACCCGGAGGUACCCCAUUUGGUUGAGCUGGACGAUGGAGACGAUGAAGACGAUGAUCUAUUCGAGGAAGUCGAUACAACCUAUCUGGACCAACCUCGUCCAAAGGCAGCAGACAACAAUGGAAUUCCUUUCAAGGCAAUUGUGCACACCUCCGGAGUCCAUUAUCUGCCCGUGCGAACAUGCACAUGCCGGUCCGUCCGCCUUCCGUCUAUCGAUUUACAGUAUCUGGAGAUGGGAUUAUUUGCAGCCAGCUUUGAAAACGUUCAAACUGUGUUCACAGUUGAGGUCCUUGAGGACUUUCGGAUGGACAACCUCGAGUGCAAAACGUCGGCUUAUCAGUAUUACCAAAAGUUGCGAAGACUGACUUCGCCAGCGUUUCCAAAAAAGGUGCUGAACCGCUAUCGUGAAUUGAGAAGGCUUAGUAGAGAAUACAGGGACCUUGUCCUGAGACGACAAUACGGAGAAGGGCAUACAAGAGAAGCGGUGGUCCCUUACUAUCGUCAUUGCCAUGAUUCAUCACCAGAGAGGAUGGGUAUUAAUGUAUCUGAUCCAAUUGACGGCGGAUCUGAUAGUCCGUCUCAAGAAGUCGGAAUGUCAACGGACCCGUCUCUGGGACACGGCGGAUUAGAUGGUCCGCCUGUACCACAAAUGACGCGGACCGAGGAUCAUCCCGAAGUUGAAGAUAGGAGAGGGAAGUUGGCCUUAUUCUGCCCCGCCUGUCCACAGCCUGGAAUAAACCUACCUGAUACCUGGAUUGAUGAUGCUGAUAGGCAAGUUUUAGUUAUUCUUCAAGGUUAUGUUGCAGAUGGUAAUUUCAAAGCAGAUCACCUCAAUCAGAAAAACGAGGGAGACGAUGUUUGGUUGAGCGUUGGAGAAGGAUACAUGACUGCUCCGGGCCCUUACAAGGAGCACAUUAAGGAAGCAAUUUCUCUUGCUCCACGUUAUAAACGGGAACAAACAUGUCAUAACUACCACGCCCAGAAAGCUGAAAACAGAGUCAGCCCGGGUAAGAGAGUACGUGGAAUUGGGGCACACGCUUGCGCUAGGCACGGAUGCUUCUGUCCAUCCAGCAUUGUCGAUUUUGACAAAGGUGAAAAGCAGAUGCACAUGGAUUGGUCUUUGACUCAGGCCAGGGAAACUACCAACACACAGGGAAUCACAAAACAUUUGGAAAUCUACGAUAUAAACUGUCAAUAUUGCGUUAACUUGGCAAGGCGUCUCUCAGAGUCCACAAAAAUGCAUUGGCCACCUUCUGUUAAAAUGAUUUUUGCAAUUGGUUUAUUUCACGUCCACGGGCACAAGACGGAAUGUCUUUACAACUACGCAUCCACCUAUGUCCCGGGUGUGGGAAUCAUUGACGGAGAAAUCCUGGAGCCGUUGUGGUCCGUGUUAAAUGACACAUCCCGGAGUACACGUUCCGCUACCACUGCCCAUCGAGCAGAGGUUUUGGACGACCACAUGGGGGAUUCCAACUGGAAGAAGACCAUUAAUAUGGCUGCAACAAUUGCUGCAAAGUUCAAACGGGCACGGGAACAGUCCGGAAUCACAGACCGAUUUUAUAGGGGUAUCACGGAUCAACAAGAUUCCGGGCUCAUCAACACUUGGGAAGAUGAAAUUUCAAAAGCAGAAGCGGACCGAGAACAAGGUGUGGCCGACGCUGUUGGCAAGGUAAUGGCAAGCAAAGUGAAAACGGCUGCUGGACGCCAAGAAAUUGAAUUGCAUCUUUCAAAUAUGGAACUUACAUCUAAUGGUGCUACUGGAAAGGCAGCAUGGAUAUCAUCCGGCUUAAAACUGGAGCAAGCGCAAUUGGAGCUCAGGGACCAUGUCAGAAAGCUCGGAAAGCAUCCUUCCACCGCGCAGAAACUUGACUUGGUCAAUAAACGUCGCUCCAUGCGGACCCGCGUUGAAGCCUUCUGUCGAUCCGCUAUGACCUUCAUGGGCGAAGAUGUCUUGGAGGAUAUUCAAGGGGACAUCGCUCCCAUACUUGACUAUGAAGUCAGUGACAACAACGAUCCUGAUCUUGGAAAUGUCAACAUUACCCGCGCGGAUCCGGAACGACAGCCGCUUCCGUUUCCCUCCGCCGUCAAACAAGAUUUCUUUGACGGCCUUGACGCGGGAACAAACCUCAUUUUAAAAGGGCUUCGCAAACUUGAACUUCAAAUAAGACAUGGCCACGCAGAGGACUGUCUGGAAGCGGUCCGGUCAGCCUUGAUCCAGCUUUCUUGGCAGUAUAAAUAUCAGGUUCGGACCGCCGACUCCGUCUAUAUGGGGACUCGUGCUUGGGAUGGCGUCAAGCUUUUGAAUGCUUCCUGGAAAUUGCACCGGCGACUCUACAACACAAACCGUCAGAAGAUGAUCUAUUUAUCUGCUGGCGUGCGAGACGAGGAUAAUAUUCGGAAACAAUAUCCCAUUCUGCAAGUCCAUAAUUGCAAGCAUAGUAAUGCCGUGUCGGAUCCGAACAUUCGCGGAGGAAGCUCGGACCGUCUAAGUUGGAUUUGGAGAUCCCGUCAGGGCCUGGACAAUGAUAAUCAAUUAUACGUUAAUGAGUUCUUCAGGCUAAACUGGCUCCGCGCGCGAGCUCAGAGAAAUAGAUGGCAAGAGGAGCUGGCUUUGACAAAAAAGGAAAUGGAAUGGACUGUCAGAUUUUAUGUGUAUAUGGCAAAGACAUGGCGUGCACGGCAUGAUUUUGUUCCUGACAGGGCAAAUGCUCAAAAGCAGAUUGCCAUGUGGAAUGAUCUGGGGCGGGCCGCGGAUAAGGUCUUCCGUCAAAUUAACCCGGAGUAUCCUUCUUUGAACAUUCUUGUUGUAUCUCAUCUUGUUGAAUUCAUGCACUUACCGUGGCUUUUUAAACCUCCUGUCGAGGACGAACAUCAUCUCCUUACCUAUGAUGAGCGACGUGCUCUGGCCAAAGUUCAUGUCCAUAUUUGUGGUGCACGGAUCCGUGCCGGAUACCCAUGGGAAGAUGAUGAAAUUUUAAAUCAGACCAAGAGCUGGGGAUAUUGGUGGAGGGACGGAUUUGCUGAAGGCGAUGAGUGGCAAGUUGCCUUUGUUACCGUUGAAUCGCAAGCAAGAGAAUUUUGGAACAAGGUGGUUCUGCCUGAAUACCAACAAGAGGUACUCCGGCUAAAUAAUCAGAGGAAAGAAGCUAAGGAGGGCGCAAGUUCAUCCACCUCUGGGCCUCCACGAAAUCAAGAAAACAAUCCCAAGGGCAAGGGAAAGGCGGCUGAACGGACAUCCGUCCCCACCUUGGGGAAGCACGGAUCCGCGUUGACGGGAAAGCACGGCUCCGCGUUUUCACCGCCCACGGGAAAACCCAAUCCGCCGACCCGUGUUGCAAACACGCGGGAUGAAACAUCCCCAAUUGCAAUUUCUGACCACAGACCGCCCUACUGUCCCCACUGCGGUCAGCCUAUCCUAACGGGCGUAAUGAGGGAGUUGGCUCACCUGCACCGGAAUGUGGCGGACAAAAUGAAGAAUGCCCAUAAAGCAGUGACUACUUCUUUGGCCGCCUUGGGCAGAUAUUCUGUAUUGGAGAAGAUGUGGAUUGACUCUAAGGAGCUCCCGUUCUCUAACGGCAAGGGGCUUUCAGCCAAAUACAAAUUUCAGCAUCCCGUUCACCCUUCUCCUGACAGUUGGGGCGCUAUAACGGCUCAAGCCCGGUCCUUCGAGGUCUCAAAGCUCAAAGUCGCUUCAUUUUACAUCAACGACAUUUUUUAUUCUUUUAUUGCCGUCAAGGAACUACCUUUUCAUCCACUCUGGUAUCAUUCGCCACCCUCCAACACUGCAAAUAUUCAUCUCCCAACAGAUACUCUGCCUACGCCCGGUUCCGUCAGCCCUCCGUCAAAUGCACACACCAGCAAUGCCUUCCUUUUUAACGCAAGGUCAAGACCUGUUUUCCCGGGAGAAGAGGAUGAUAUUGAUAGUACGUCCGAUACCACUGAAUCCUCUACACCAGCUACGUUUUUAGAGCAUCUCGCACAGGACUUUGAAGAGGAGGCGGAUGAGGAGUCUUCUGCCGGUGAUACGACGGAGGAGUCAGAUGCUUCCGGUAACUCGGAAGAGCUUAGCGAGGACGUGUCGGAAACACCCUGGGAUGAGGAAUCUUAG